GUACACCUGCACGUGCGCGUUCACACACAAGCGCACGGGGACGGAUGAGACGGGGAGCGUUGCUAUGAGGAGGAGAGUGGAUGUAAAUGAAGGACGGCGCAGCAGAGACGGGUGCGGCGGAGGAGGGGGAGUCGCGCGCGGCGGGACAAGGUGAGGAGCGCCAGCACACGCCGACACGCUCCUCUGCAGCCCCGCAGCUGAACGCACGAGGCUGUCUGUGUGGGAGGGGGGUCAUCGGCUGACUUCCACGGCUGAAGCGCUGCGGCGCUCACUCGCACAAGUGGAGCUUCAGAAAAAUGAACUGUCAGGAUUUGCAGUGUGUGUUUGUGCAGAAAAACAAGGUGUGAACCGGCGCAGGUGGCGUGCUCGCUGUCCUCCAGUCAUCUGUGUGCGACUUUAUCUCCACAAAGCGUAAAACAAACAGGUUGUUCCCACUCUUUCUCUCAAUUGCUGCAGUACACAUUUUAAUCCCACUUUGACAUGUUUGACUUUUUCCUCCCAAAAAUCGCUGCUUAGCUGCUGAUAUUAAUAAGAAGAACAGAAACUGCUUUGUUGAAAGGAUUCAGACGUGAGUCACUCAGGAAGAUGAUCCCCCCCGCUGCUCUGCCUAUUGAAGGCAGAAAAGCAACAGGAAGCUGCAGAAAUCCAGACUGAAAGAAUUCCUGCUCAACAUCCUUACAUGAGACCCGCAUCCUCUCUGGUUGUGCUUAAAUGCUCCAAUCAUCUUUUGGCCACCGUACUUUUUGAUGAAAGAAUCUUCAAUAGCUGGACUGACACAGACGUGGACAUGUCUUCUCGACAGACAAACCUGAACUUAAGUCUAACAUGACUUGAAGAUGAUCGGCCCUCAGUUGGAGGCGGAGGAGAAAGACUGUCCUCCUCCAGAGGAGUUGGAGUGUAAGAUCUGCUACCAGCGCUUCAAUGUACACAACAGGAAGCCCAAAAUCCUGGACUGCCUGCAUCGGGUCUGUGCCCGCUGCCUCCUGAAGAUCCUGGAUGUGGCUGACGGAGGAGGCUGCAUCCCCUGCCCCUUCUGCAGACACCAGACUGAGAUCUCGGAGUACCAGGUGUCAGCCCUGCCGGAUGACAUCAACAUCAUGUCCCACCUGGAGAAGUCCAGCAGCUUAGAUCAGAACAGGGAGGUCCUCCUGACUCCACAGAGCUUCUCCUCCUCCAGUCCAUCCCGCGACUCCUCCAACUGCCUGGUCAUCACUAUAAUGGAGGUGCAGAGGGACUUGCAGCACUCCCCCAGCCAAAACGGUAGCUCCGACAUCUACGCCGAGCAGAGUUUGGACUCGGUUUCUAUCGGAUCCAAUGGACCUGCGGAUCACGACGCCCUGACCAAGCUCUGCAACCACGUGCCGCGGAUUCUGGUCUGGCUGCUGGGCUUCUUGUACUUCGGUUCACUGCCUCUAGGAAUCUACCUGCUGGUGAUCCAGAGAGUGACUCUGGGCAUUGUGUGCGUGAGCCUGGUGCCGUCCAGCCUGACGGUCUGCUUGGUGUACGGCUUCUGCCAGUGCCUGUGUCAGGGCAUGUGCGACUGCUCCUCCAGGGGCUGACCGGCGCCAACCGGCCGUUCCAGCAACACGGACCGAGCCGCUGCAGGCUGAUGGUUUGAGGAGAGAUAAACGCCCCGCGAAAAGGGCGAUUACCUCCAGGGGCAUUAGGAGUCCUGGCAGUGAGCUGUACUCAUGCAAAAUGAAGGGUGUGCUUUAUGUCUCUUUUUUUUUAACAACCACUGCAGCAUCUCUGACACCAGCUUGGCCGCAUCGCUGCAUUACUGUGACGUGUGACUCUUGUUGUGUGUCUUGACUAUAAUCUGGUCCAUUGUCGUUUUUGAGCGCAGACUGUUAGGAUUUCACCAAAGCAAAGACCUGACUAGUCUCAUUACCACCAUUCCUGACUGCUAAAAAUCCACUCAUUUAUCAGUCUACAGUUUGGGAAAAAGAUGUUUGUGACAAACAGAUUCGACUGACAUCCACACACAAAACAGUUAUUGUUUGUUUAAGACCCACUCAACUGUGUUUUUGAGGAAUCUCUGGUCACAUGCAAGACGGCGCCAGAAAUAAUCUCUAUCCAGCAGCUGAAAUUUCCCAACUUUAGCCAGUGACUUAAGCGGAAUUUCCCUAAACUUUAGAAAAUCCUAAAAAUUAUAUUUUAAAAACCUUUCUGAAUUAUCAGCUUUUAAGAUUUUAAAUGUGAGUAAACUGUAACGUUCUAACAGUUUAAUGUGUAAGAUGGGCUUCAAAUGGGACACAGAACGUUAAUCGUUUUAUUUCUUUCAGGUCAAUGUUAACAAAUUUUCAAAAACUACACCCGUUUACCUCCGGAGAAAAAGCCGACGAAAUGCAGAGAGUGUCACACAGAAAAAAUGUCAAAUUAGGUUGUAAAAAGAGAAAAGAAAGGAAAAAAAAGUUUGGAAAAAAGAGAAAAAAAUGGGGAAAAGGGUCAAAAAAAAAAAGAGAGAAAUAUGAAGCAAGAGAGAAAAAUAGGAACAAAAGUUGAAAGCCAAUGAUUUCGGGCGUAAAUUGUAUUUUUUCUGCCGGUUUUGCCAAAGGGAGGGACUUCCAGCUAUUAAAUUUUGAGCUCCAUAUGUUUUUCUCUUUGGACAGCUUCUCUUGAUGUUUUUAACAUGUUUUUGUGGCAUUUUCUUUUUUUAAAUGAGUACAUAAAAUUUGCAUUUUUGAGUUUUUAUUAUUCAAAUCCUUGUAAAACAGUAGCAGACAAAAAAAUAGUUUGAAAAAAGCAUUGUUACAUAGAACAAAUGCAAACUGGCGAAGGGAAAAGGGGGCGGGGUUGCUCUGCGCCAACAUUCUUUCCCACAACUCAGGUAAAUUUCUAAUGAACUCCUGCCACUCUGCAGAAACUAUGUCCAAGAAAACAACAAUGAUUAUUAUUAAAAUACC